UAAAUAUCACCGUCUUAAUUUUUCAUCUCUCAUCAAGCGUAGCUUCUCUUCUUCCAUGGGUAGGUACCUGUCUGUCACUCACCCGCUCUGUCUAACUCUUCCACUAUCCUCUUAGAUUUCAUCGCUUAUUCUAUCUUCUCCGGCCAUCGUCACUGUUACCGCUAUCGUCACCGGAAGGUCCUUUGAAAUCCCUACUUUGCCCCUACAUUUCCUCCUCCUCCUCUCAAAAAACCCUCAAGUAAGUGUUAAGUCUCUUCCUAUAACCAAAUACAUUUUGUUUUAUAAACAGAGGCAAUUAUAUUCAUGUUAAUAAUCAGAUUAUUGUAACAAACCCUAUAAUUGAUGGGGCAUAAGAAGCGUACCCCUACUUCUCGGUCCAAACAACUCCCGUCGGCUACGACGGUGCCCUCCGAUGAAGCCGAGACUUCUCCUAAUCCGGUUAAUCUUCCUCUUGCGAAGAUCGAACCCUCCAUUUCUCCUGAAUCGGAUGGUUCGACUUACUCGGGAAUCAAGCUCGAAUGCGAGCGGGCCUUGACUGCUCUUCGCCGAGGUCAUCAUACCAAAGCUCUCCGCCUCAUGAAGGAGUCAUGUGCUAAGCACGGAGAUAACUCGCCGCACUCGGCUUUAAUCCACCGUGUCCAAGGCACGGUCUGUGUUAAGGUGGCUUCGAUAAUCGAUGACCCCAACCGUAAACAGCGGCAUUUGAAGAACGCGAUUGACUCUGCUCGAAGAGCUGCGGAAUUGUCGCCGAACUCGAUUGAGUUCGCGCAUUUCUAUGCUAAUUUAUUGUACGAGGCGGCAAAUGAUGGGAAAGAGUAUGAGGAGGUUAUGAGAGAGUGUGAGCGUGCGUUGGAGAUUCUGAAUCCGGUUGAUCCUGCUAAGGAGAGCUUGCAAGAUGAGAGCCAGCAGAAGAUAACGACUGCGGAAGCGAGGAUUGCUCACGUGCAGAAUGAGUUGAGGAGCUUGAAACAGAAAUCGAGCAUUGCUUCAAUUUCGACUUGGAUGAAGAACUUGGGGACCGGGGAAGAAAUUAGAUUGAUACCUAUACGGAGAGCCGCCGAGGAUCCUAUGGAGGUUAGGUUAAUGCAAGCUAGAAGGCCCAAUGAGAUUAAGAAGGCUACAAAGACACCUGAAGAGAGACGGAAAGAGAUUGAAGUUAGGGUCGCUGCUGCCAGACUAUUGCAGCAGAAAUCUGAGAGCAAUUCAGGACAAAAUGAAGGAGAAAGGAGUGACAAGGGAAUGGAAGCACCAUCAGGGAGUGAUAAGAGAGGAGAGAGGAGAAAGUAUGGGAAUAAUGUGAGGAAGAGUGGGUCUAAUAAGGAGAGGAAGGAUUGGGUGCAGUCAUAUUGGAAUUCAAUGAGUAUUGAAAUGAAGAGGGAUUUAUUAAAACUUAACGUUAGUGAUUUCAAGAGCUACUUUGGGUCAUCAAAGGAUGGUUUGGCUAGUGAGGUCUUAAAUGAGUUAUUGACGUUUGCAGAGGAGAAUAAGACAUGGAGGUUUUGGAUGUGUUGUCGAUGCCAUGAGAAGUUUGCAGAUUCUGAGAGCCAUAUACAUCAUGUUGUGCAAGAGCAUAUGGGGAAUCUUAUGCCUAAAAUGCAGGCAGUUUUGCCUCAGAGUGUUGACAAUGAGUGGAUUGAGAUGAUUCUUAAUUGUUCCUGGAAACCAUUUGAUAUUUCUUCAGCAGUCAAGAUGCUUGGAAGUCGAGGGAAAUGCCAAGAUGCAGACCUUGUUGAGGAUUUUUACUCUGGAAAUCAUAAUGAGGAGUGUGAUGAUUGCUUCAAAGAUGCAUGGGAUUCUUCUCCAGAGAAGGAAAAUUUGAGGGAUAGCUAUGAUGAUUGUACCACAGGGAGCAAUAAUGCUGAUAGAGUUUCCAGUAUUGAGUGUAAAGAAUGUGAUGGAAACCAGGGUUCUAUGGCAUAUCCUAUUGAUAGCUGGCCAUUAUCAGAGGAUUUGGAACGGGGAAAGCUCCUCAAAAAAAUUCAUGCUGUAUUUGAGGCACUUAUUAAACAUAAAUGUCUUGCUGCAAGCCAUCUAAACAAGGUCAUACAACUUACAAUGGAUGAGUUACAGACUCUUGCUUCUGGUUCCCAACUUCUGAACCAUGGUGUGGACCAGACACCCUUGUGCAUUUGCUUCUUGGGAGCAUCCCAGCUUGGAAAAAUCCUCAAAUUCUUGCAGGAACUAUCUCAUUCUUGUGGUUUAGGAAGAUACUCUGAGAAAAGUAGUAUAGAUGAUGUAAAUGCUGCUCAAGGUCCCGACAUGAAAGAGAAAAUUGUUCUUAAUGGUGAUGCAUCAUAUCUCUACCUCAAUGAAUUUCUGUUGCAAUCUGAAUGUUCUCCUGGAACAUGUACUCAUGAUGGUAAGGCCACAGCAACUUCUACUAAUAUUGGCUAUGGAAAUGGGGUUCUACCUGACGUUGAUGCUUUGCUCUCAUGGAUAUUUGCGGGCCCCUCAAGUGGGGAGCAAUUGCAAUCAUGGGUACGUACAAAAGAAGAGAAAGUGCACCAAGGAAUGGAAAUUCUCCAAACCCUUGAGAAGGAGUUUUACCACCUGCAGAACCUUUGCGAGAGAAAAGGUGAGCAUUUAAGCUAUGAAGAAACAUUGCAAGCUCUGGAAGAUCUCUGUCUUGAAGAAACUAAGAAGAGGGACUCUGACACUCGUGAUCGCAGCUGUUAUGAAUCUGCACUUAGGAAGAGGAGGGAAGAUCUCGUUAACAAUGAAAAUGAUGCUCUGUUCAGUAGCAGUAGGAUUGAGUUAGAUGUCAUAUCAAACGUAUUAAAAGAAGCAGAAGAUCUGAAUGGCAAUCAAUUUGGAUAUGAAGAUACUUAUGGAGGUAUGAAUUCUCAAUUAUGUGACUUGGAAUCCGGGGAAGACAAUGACUGGAGAACUAAGGAUUAUGCGCAUCAAAUGGACACUUGCAUUCAAGUUGCUAUCCAGAGACAGAAACACCAGAUAUCAUUAGAGCUCAUGAAAAUUGAUGCCCGAAUCAUGCGAAAUGUAUCUGGGAUGCAGCAGUUGGAACUCAAACUUGAGCCUAUUUCUGCCCAUGAUUAUCGGUCGAUAUUGUUACCAUUAGUGAAAUCAUACAUGAGGGCACACUUGGAGGAUUUAGCUGAGAAGGAUGCCACAGAGAAGUCUGAUGCAGCAAGAGAAGCAUUUUUAGCAGAACUUGCACUUGAUUCUAAGAAGGGUACUCGAGGAGGAACUGAUAAUCUGAGAAACACACAGGAGAAAUCGAAGGAGAAGAAAAAGAACAGAGAGUACAGGAAACCCAAGGAUUCAAAGGCUACUUUUGGUAAUGAGCAGCACUUGCUUCAUGAUGAGACUGCUGAACAAAGUUCCUUUCCAGUUGCAUCUGAUGGUGACCUCCCAGAUUCUGAUACUCUUCUUUCAUUUAAUGAUGAUGACUUGAAACAACUUGAUGAAGAAGUUAGACGUAAAAUUGAGCUUGAAGCAGAGGAAAGAAAACUAGAAGAAACUCUGGAGUAUCAAAGAAGAAUUGAGAAUGAGGCUAAACUGAAACACCUUGCUGAACAACAGUAUAAAAAGUCUAAUCGAACAUUUCCAGAAAAUGUGGCCUGUAUACUGCAUGAGAAUUACUCAGAACCUGGUGCUGAUGAUAUACAUGAGCCAUCGGAACAGUUGACUCAGAAGAAUGGGUUUGCCAACAAUGUAGAAGUCAUGCCUAUGGCAAAUGGUGCUGCAGAGACGGUAAAAUAUUCUGCACUAUCUAGUGCGCAAAUGAUUAGUGGUGCACAUAAUACACAAGUAAAUCAAGGGCUAUCUAAUGGAGUAAUUUCAGAGGAUGGCCUCUUACCUUCUGACCGGCGAAUAGGAAGGAGAAGUAGGCGGCAGAAGAGUUCUACUAGAUCUUUUGAUGGAAAAUAUCCAGCUUUUUCAUCAGAAAAGAAUAAUGUUGAAGGUGGAAAUAUUACUCUUAGUAUGGGGGACAGUGGAACGAAGACAUUGAGACAAUUACAGGCAGAGGAGGAUGAUGAGGAAAGGUUCCAAGCUGACCUUAAAAAAGCUGUACGCCAAAGCCUUGACACAUUUGAAGCACGUCAGAAGAUGCCCUUGAUUUCAAGCAUGAGGAUACCACUAAAUACACCUUUGGAAGCUAACAACGUUGAUGUUUCACCAAAUGAAGUUGCAUCUGAAAAUGUGGAAGGAACUGAUAUGGUUGGUACUGGCUUGCAGAAUGAUAUAGGUGAAUAUAAUUGUUUUCUGAAUGUCAUCAUACAGUCUUUAUGGCAUUUAAGACGGUUUCGAGAGGAGUUCUUGCAGAGGUCAACAUCAGAACAUGUUCAUGUUGGGGAACCAUGUGUUGUCUGUGCAUUGUAUGAUAUUUUCACUGCUUUAAGUAUUGCAUCAACAGAUAUGCGAAGAGAACCUGUUGCUCCCACAUCUCUGAGGAUAGCCCUAAGCAAUUUGUAUCCAGAUAGUAAUUUCUUCCAGGAGGCUCAGAUGAAUGAUGCAUCUGAAGUAUUAGCAGUAAUAUUUGAUUGCCUUCAUCGAGCAUUUACUUCUGGUUCAAGUGUUUCUGAUUCUGAAUCGGUGGAAAGCAAUUGCCUGGGGUCUUGGGAUUGUGCUAAUAAUGCCUGUAUAGUGCAUUCUCUUUUUGGAAUGGACAUAUUUGAACGAAUGAAUUGCUAUAGUUGUGGUUUGGAGUCAAGACAUCUGAAGUACACUUCUUUUUUUCAUAAUAUAAAUGCCAGUGCCCUCCGAACAAUGAAGGCCAUGUGUGCUGAAAGCUCUUUUGAUGAACUUUUAAACCUAGUAGAGAUGAAUCAUCAAUUAGCUUGUGAUCCUGAAAGUGGAGGUUGUGGGAAGCUUAACUAUAUCCAUCAUAUACUGUCAACUCCACCUCAUGUUUUUACUACAGUUCUAGGGUGGCAAAAUACAUGUGAAAGUGCUGAUGAUAUAGCAGCAACAUUGGCAGCUCUUAGCACUGAGAUAGAUAUCAGUGUUCUUUACCGUGGUCUAGAUCCAAAAAGCACACACACCUUGGUUUCAGUGGUUUGCUAUUAUGGGCAACAUUAUCAUUGCUUCGCCUAUAGUCAGGACCAUGAAUGGUGGAUCAUGUAUGAUGAUAGAACUGUCAAGGUUGUUGGUAACUGGGCUGAUGUUCUAUCCAUGUGUGAAAGAGGGCACUUGCAACCUCAGGUACUAUUUUUUGAAGCUGUAAACUAAUAGUUGGUGGAAUUGACAAAUUAUAUGCUGCCCAAAAGAGCACUGAGUUCAACACAUCUUGACAAGAUUGCUGCUUGUGGUGAGGUGGUAUUUGUAGUGAUGCAUUGCAGCUUUACACCGAUGCAGUUCAUAUGGUUAAAAAAAUAUAUAUAUAUACAGCUUGGAUUUUGAUGAACCUUUUAAGUUUUGAUACAAAAUGAGAGUUGUGAUAUAAAACAAGAGUGUUGUCAUAAAGCGAGGAGGUUUUGUAGGAAAGAGAUGGUUGGUCUUCUAAGGGAAAAAUAAGGUGUCAAGGACAAUUUUUGUUCGGCUUGAAGAAGUCAGUAAUAGAAGAGACAGGAGUGCAAAUUUUGGCACUCUUUGCAUCUGAAUACUAAUGUCGGGGUAGUCAGGAUUUGAGUCCAAGGACUUAUUCUGUUUUUCUCGUGGAACUAACUUUCCAAAAAGGCAGGCGGGAUUGGUUGAGAAAAUGACUAGUAAUAUUCCUGUUUGCCUGCCUCUGAAUGCUAUGAAAGAACUUCUGAAUAUGCUUUUUGUUAAGGUGGCAAAUAACAUAUGGUUGUUGCGAGGAGCGAGCGUUAUACUAAUUAAUAGCAGUUGUAAGUGGGGAAUUUAGUUAAAUUAGAUUCAAUUUUUCCAGAAUUCUUUCCCCUUCCAGAAGAGGUUUUGUAUAGAUCAAAAUUGCCCCCGCCUUUGGGCUUUCAACUCAUCAUAUGCGGAGCUAGUUAUUGUCAUUGCAUGUGGUCAUCUUAUAACGCUGAUGAGGAAUCAAUCAAAUAGUAAAGCAAAUUUAUAUUGCUCUUUCUUCUUAUUUAGUUAA